AUGAGAAAAGAAUUGGAAGAUGUGACGCAAGAACUCGACGGGUUUGAAGAUUUGGACCCAGUUGAUCAAGAAAAGGUCAUGGCGGCUUUUGCUCUUGGUCAUGUGCGUGAGAAAGACAUGACGCCAUGCUUGCGUGAAAAUGAACAUGAGCAUGCGGAAGAGAGGAAGGAAGUAAUAGACAUGGGAGAUGCAACGGCGACUAGUCACGAUCAUAGCAAGAAUCGCGCAUCGAAAAAAGCUGGCAAGAAACGCGGUCAUCCGACUAACGAGGAAAACACGAGCGAUGAUAAUGACGGCGCAUCGCCACCCGCCUAUAUCGAAGAUCUCCCACCCAAGCGGCAACGGAGACGCCCACAGUUUUAUGAUCCAUCCCGUACAGAUCUAUCUCGAAGAUCAACAAAGCAAGCCGACAUGGGAGCUCAUGCAGAGGGCAAAAAAUAUAUGCAUAGCGACGAGAAUGCAACGCAUGAGACAGCUGAGGACCAAGAAGAGGAAGAUGAUGAGGAGGACGAAGACGAGGACGAGGAAGACGAAGACUCUGACGAUAGUGAUAUAUUUGAAGGAGACGACGACGACGAUGACGAUGAAGACAACGACGUCGAGUCUUCCUAA